CUGCAAGAUCGCAGAGGUGGCGCGCAGCCUGCCGAGCCCAUGACGGACCCCUGCCUCCUGCCUUCAAUGCCUCAGCAGAAGACCCCCAAAGGCUGGAGAGAGGAGGGCUGCGGCUGGACAUCCUCCCGGCGACGCUGCUCGGACCUGGUGCUCCUGGUGGAUGAGACCGGCGACUGAGCAAGCCCCUGCCGCCGCCUUCGCUGUCGCCCUCCCAGUUGUUGCCGUCGGUCCGGACCAGUCCCCGCCUUGCGCCUUCUGCCGCCGGGUCCAGAUCGGGUCCCGGCUUUGGGCGCCCCGGGGCUCGCCCCGCGCCUGCCGCCGCCCGCGCGCCGACUGCCCGCCGCGUCCUCCUGACAGCUGCGGCGGCGGCGAUGAUGCAGAGGAGGAGGGUGCUGCCGGCGGCGGUGCUGAUGGUGGCGGUCGGCGCCCGGGUGUGAUGAGAGCGUCAUGGUGGAGACGCUGGCUUCGAGGCGGUGAGAGAGCAAAGGAGGGCGAGAGCCAGCCAAGGGCGGAAGACAGAACAGUUCCGAUCGCGAUCGCUUUCUUUCCUCUCUCGCUUUCCCCCCACUGUAUUUUGCCCGUGGUUUGCAUAUUUAAAAUCUCUGGACUCCAUCCUCUCCCUACCCACGAAGUCUCCCCGUUUCUAAAUGGAAUUAGUGGAGAUCGGAGCCUCUGGUGUAACGCACAGACAUGAUCUAUGGACGCAGUUUGUUUCACAUUAUAGCAAGUUUAAUCAUCCUCCAUUCCUCUGGAGCUACCAAGAAAGGAACAGAAAAACAAAUCACCUCGGAAACACAGAAGUCAGUGCAGUGUGGAACUUGGACAAAGCAUGCAGAGGGGGGUGUCUUUACCUCUCCCAAUUACCCCAGCAAGUACCCCCCUGACCGAGAGUGUGUCUACAUCAUAGAAGCUGCCCCAAGGCAGUGCAUUGAACUCUACUUUGAUGAAAAAUACUCAAUUGAACCAUCUUGGGAGUGCAAAUUUGAUCAUAUUGAAGUUCGAGAUGGACCUUUUGGCUUUUCUCCAAUAAUCGGAAGGUUUUGUGGACAACAGAAUCCACCUGUAAUAAAAUCUAGUGGAAGAUUUCUGUGGAUUAAAUUUUUUGCUGAUGGCGAGCUGGAGUCUAUGGGAUUUUCAGCACGAUAUAAUUUCACACCUGAUCCUGACUUUAAGGACCUUGGAGUUUUGAAACCAUUGCCAGCCUGUGAGUUUGAGAUGGGCGGUCCUGAAGGAAUUGUGGAGUCCAUACAGAUUCUGAAGGAAGGCAAAGCUUCGGCCAGUGAAGCUGUGGAUUGCAAGUGGUACAUCCGAGCCCCGCCACGAUCUAAGAUUUACUUACGUUUCUUGGACUAUGAGAUGCAGAAUUCAAAUGAAUGCAAGAGGAACUUCGUGGCGGUGUAUGACGGGAGCAGCUCGGUGGAGGACUUGAAGGCCAAGUUCUGCAGCACGGUGGCUAAUGACGUGAUGCUGCGCACGGGCCUGGGGGUGAUCCGCAUGUGGGCAGACGAGGGCAGUCGCAACAGCAGGUUUCAGAUGCUCUUCACAUCCUUUCAAGAACCUCCCUGUGAAGGCAACACGUUCUUCUGCCACAGCAACAUGUGUAUUAACAACACGCUUGUCUGCAAUGGUCUCCAGAACUGUGUGUAUCCCUGGGAUGAAAAUCACUGUAAAGAAAAGAGGAAAACCAGCCUGCUGGAUCAGCUGACCAACACCAGUGGGACGGUCAUUGGCGUGACUUCCUGCAUUGUGAUCAUCCUUAUUAUCAUUUCUGUCAUUGUACAGAUCAAACAGCCUCGUAAAAAAUACGUCCAAAGGAAGUCAGACUUUGACCAGACCGUUUUCCAGGAGGUGUUUGAGCCUCCUCACUAUGAGUUAUGCACGCUCAGAGGAACCGGAGCAACGGCUGACUUUCCAGAUGACUUUGAGAGUUACCAUAAACUGCGGAGAUCAUCUUCCAAAUGCAUUCAUGACCAUCACUGUGGAUCCCAACUGUCCAGCGCAAAAGGCAGCCGCAGUAACCUCAGCACAAGGGACGCUUCCAUCUUGGCAGAGAUACCCACCCAGCCAGUCAAGCCCCUCAUCCCACCUGUGAACAGAAGGAACAUCCUGGUCAUGAAACACAACUACUCCCAAGAUGCUGCAGAUGCCUGUGACAUCGAUGAGAUCGAGGAGGUGCCCACCACAAGCCACAGACUAUCCAGACAUGAGAAAUCCGUCCAGCGGUUCUGCCUCAUUGGGUCUCUAAGCAAACACGAAUCUGAAUACAACACAACUAGGGUCUAAAACGAAAACUCAAGCUAAUUUCCUCAAAACUCUUCGAGCCUAUCAACUGUUCUUGAAUUAGGAGAACGCAUCCCAUGCUCUGUAUGAUCUUAAUAAGCUGGUGUGUUUGUUGCAUCUUUUACAUUGGGAAAAAAUGUUUUAACUGUGCUUUAUUUUCAGAGAACUAUUUAUACACACAUGGGGACUGUGGAAAGAGAAUUCUGUAGUGAACUGUGAAAAGUGGACAUAUUUCUAAACUCAUUCCACUGCCUUUACCCAAACUUAAGAGUUACAGACAUGUGUUAUUUCUUCGGCAAGACAUCCCUGCUGCUGCACAAUGAUGUGUCCAUUUCCUAAUUUGGUUGCUGAUCACCAAGUGCUCCUUAGGUUUUAAAUACAUUCUAAGAUUUACGGAAACUUGAAGAAGAAAUUAGUUCCUGAUUUAAGACUACCCCAGCUUUACUUUUACUGUCACUUCCACUUCCAUUUAUGUGUUGUUCACGUCUUUGUUAUAUGAUUGUACCUGUGUGAUCUGUGAAAAAACAAAAACAAAAACCACAACUUUGGGUGAACCUUGUGUUACAUGUACAUUGUUUUCAUUAUAUAGACUGCUUGAGAAUAGUGCGUUCCUGCGUGAUUUUGAACAUGCUGCAAUGAAAAAAAUGGAAAAGUGGAUCAUGGAAACACCAGCUAGAGGUUCAGUGGACUGUACCCACCUGUUGUUUCAUUAUAAUUAAAUGCAGUAAAAAUUAAUGAGUAAAACCUAGAUUGCAAUAAGACAAAUAUCUUCCCCCUUCUCCCUCUGUGUUUCUCUCUGUCUCCCCCUUAUCAUUUCUAUGUACCCCUGAUUUCCUUUUUUUUUAUCAAGGGAAGAUACCGAGUUUCAUAAAUGCCUUCUUGAAAUCAGGUAUUUUACCAUUCACACCCUACAACAGAAUUUUGUUUGAUUAAGCACUUAGUAAUACGACUGAAUUGACAGUUUGAGAAAAUACCCUGCAUGUCAGUACUGGAUAUUUAGGUUGGAAAAAUGCCCUCUUUAUUAGACACAUUGUAAAAAGCAUGCAUUCUCAAAUAUUGCUGUUACUCUUCCAUUUCUUUGUGUCAUAUGCUUGCUACUUGUAACUUUUAUAUAAAUAUAUAUAUAAAAUGUAUAAUAAUUUCCUAAUUUGAGUUAAGAGAAAUCCUUUCUUCUGUUGUAAAAAAAAGCAGAGUUACAUGAGCACAUGAUUUAUUAAUAUCAACUCUUCCCACACUCUAGAUUACAGGAUGUCAUUUAAUAUUGAGGCUUCCCUAAAUAUUUGAUUUCUAACAUCUUAUAAAUUGGUUUGCCUUUUAUAUUAAGAAUCUUCCUAAGUCAAACCUUCAGAAUCAUAGACCAUUUUAUGAUUACACUACACCAUUCUGACUUACCCAAACACACAUGAGCCUUGAUGCUUAAUGGUUAUGAUAAGUUUUAUACAAAAAAUCUAGAACUAAUAGUACAUAUAAGUUCUUUUGAAUUAUAUGCAUCCCUAUAAACACUGGAUGGAUACUUUUGUCAAAUAAUGGAUUUGUAGUAUUCAAAAACUGAUUUUGAAAACUACAAUUAUAGUAAAUUUGCUUUCUCUCUUCAAAAUAAUGAGUUUCUUAAGAAUAAAAUAAUUGGAACCUUCAAAUAGCAAAGAAAUCUGAUCAACUACAAUUUCUGCCAGCAGCUGGAGCAGACUUUAUAGUCUAAAUGGAUAUUCCUUGUCAUAUGUCCCUAUCAGGAGGCCAAUAUUUUAUAUGUUAAAAUAUAAAUGAAAGAAAAUAUCAAGUAAGUGGAGAUAAAGAAAAUUGUGAUAGAAAAACUGAAGGACUAAGCAAUUCUUGAAUUUUGGAAACAUGAUCAACUUGCCUUGCGGAAUACUUGCUGCACAAGGACAUAUGUGCCAGGUGGGUUUGGUAGUCUCCCUGUAAUAGUGGCUCUCUGAAGACAGAGAAGGGUGUUCCCAGGGAAAAGAGUCUAACUCAGUGGUUCUCAACCUGUGCAUCACGACUCUUCUGAGGGUCAAACAACCUUUUCACAGAGGUAGCCAAUUACCGUUGGAAAACACAGAUAUCUACAUCACAAUUCAUAACUGUAGCAAAAUUACAGUUAUGAAGUAGCAACAAAAAAUAAUUUUAUGGUUGAGGGUCACCACAACAUGAGGAACCAUAUUAAAAGAUCACAGAUUUGGGAACGCUGAGAAACACUAGUCUAACUAAAUGAGCUGAAUAGGACAGGUCUGGGUUCAGCAAAAGACCGUUUCCUACUAAACAUAGUUAAGAAGACUAAGUGAGGAAGAUACUCACUGUCAACGUCUGGUCUCCACACACAUGCACUCAUACAUACUUGCACAUGCACACACAGAGACAAACACACACACACACAUGCACACAAACAUCACAUGAAGAUGCAUGUCCAUAAAAAUAAAAUAAUAUUAAAAUGGUAAUUUCUUUGAAUUAAGUUGACAAAUUGUCCAAUUAAAAAAAGAUACUGACAUGAUGAAUACUUUGGUGCAUACUUUGCCCAUGUCACUUAUGAUAAAAUUUGCCUUUUCCUGUUUGGCUGGCCAAUUUAUUUGUUCCUGUAUGUAAUUUUGUGUUCAUUAAUUCAAAUUUGGCAUUUCAAGACUAUCAUUUAAUUUAGUUGUCCUAUUUUGUAUUGUUUAAUCGCUUUAGGAAUCCUUAGUGGAUGGUAUUAUCUUUGAAUGAAUAAUAUUACACUGGAUAUAUAUGACAGGAGUGUUUCAUUAUACAACAAUGGAGAAAAGAAGAUAAAUUAAAUGGAUAAAUCACCACUCACCUGUUAUGUAGAUUUACAGAGUUUCCACUCCUUUCAAGAUCUACAAAAUCCUCCUGAUCUGCUUAUUCUAUGUUUAAGUAUAUUUAAUACCUCAAAUCCACCAAACAACAGACACCUUUUCUAACAUUAAAUUAAAUUAAGCAUAAUAAUAAGGAUGGGUGACUAACAUAUAUUUGAUAUAUAAUUUCUUCAUGGGAAAAUAACUUCUCUUGAAGGAUGGGCCUCCUCUUGGGUGAUGAUCACAUGACCUCCAGGUGUUGACUGUUCAAGGGAGGAGAUGCUGACAUCACUGCCCAGAGUCCUGGAGGCCUGUGAUUGUCCCCAUCAGAGAUGCUACGUACUGAAUCUUGGAAUGUCAGAAUCCAGAAAAUCUACCAAAUGUAUUUUGGAGCUCCCUACAGGUGCCUUCAUAAAACCCAAUCCAAUAUUGAGAUUUGUCAAUAUAUUAAAAAUAUCUAUUAAAUAACUACAUGAAACUUUACCAGUUGAAUAUCAACCUUUGGAAAACCUUCAAAAUGGGUGGUACUUGGAGCAGAAGGAAGGAGUGGUUUAAAACUAUCAAAUUUAACAGUUAACAAUAUUUAUUCACAAAGUUAAUUCAAAUACAUCACUAUGUAAAUCUGGUGAAACUCCUGGUUUUGAUGUAAGUGUUUGUAUUCACCUUUUAGGAUUUUGGUGGCCUUUCAUUUUUACACAGAAUGUCCAUGAAGACCUGAGUUAAGCUUUUUACUUCUCUCGAAGUGCAGUGCAGUUGCUUAACACAAGGUUAAUGCUCUGACUUUUAAUCUGAAUUUUCCACACCUGUUUUCAUACACAUGCAGAUUUUAUGCAUCACUUCACAAAAUAGACGCAAUAUUUGAUUUUUUCACAGCUUAUUUUAGUCAGAUAAUUAAAAUGUGCAGUAAACAUAAUUCAAGAUCAAUGUCAUUUGGUCUUUAAAUGAGAAUCAAUCCUGUCCUGGAGAUGCUGAAUCUUUCAUCUAAUUUUUGUCCUAUUAAAAAUAUUUUAGAGCAUUGAAUAGAUUAAAAAUUCUUCUCAAUAUUUAGAGUUUGGCUUUCAACAUCAUAUGAAUAUCUCUUCAGUUUUGCGUCCCACAGGAAGUCAAGAUUUCCUUACAUGUUACAGGUUUUGUUUCUUUUGUAUUUAAAUCAAGAAUGGAUUUCCCUGAACUCAAAAUAUUAAAGUAAAAAAGCCUGGGUCUCAUCAUCUUUUUAAGGUAACAACAAACAAUGCAAUGGUGUUUGAUAGUGAAAUAAAUGAUGCCAUCUAGUUUGAAUAACUGCAGUUCCCAAAACUAGGGGGUGUGUGUGAAAUAAAAGAACUAUAAAAUUGAUGUGUAUCCUAAAUAAAUACGAUGUGAAUAGUGAGUUUGUUCUCUGUCUGUUGAACAGAAGGGUUAGUUACUAUGCAUACUUUCCUCAAUUAAACCAUUUCUUAUUUUUCACAGCAUGAUGAGAAAAUGCGGCCAAGAAAUCAUUAGAUGGGUAAAAGAACAAAAUAGAUGGAACUUGAGUUAAUUACUAGUUCCUUAUUUCUUUAGUUAACAUUUCUUAUAUCCCCUUUGAAGACUGGAGAAAGAAAACUGCAUGGCAAAAGUAAAGGGAUGUUUUGUUUUUGUUCUUGUUUUUGUUUUAUCAUCAAUCCAACUCAAUAAAUCCAAAGUAACUUUUAACUAAGAAUAAUAACUAUUCAUUUUGUAAUGAAUUUAGAUUGUGCUAAAAUUCCUUUUAACUAAAUUAUACCAUUUGACUAAAUCCAAGGGUGUAACAAAGGCAAGAAAUAUAAGUAAGUAAUGUCAAACACAUAAUUCACUGUUUUCCUUGUGGCACCAGGUUAUGUGCUUUCCUGUGUUUUCUUAAAGAGAAAAUGCUCCCUAACAUCCCUUCAUUUCCUUAUGUUAGGAAACAAAUAAAUAAACACAACUGUCAUCAUGCUUCUGUCAUUUGCUUGGAGGAUUUAGAGAAGUUCCUUAUUCCUGUGAGCCAUUGUGAUCAUACAAUUGCUUUUCUAUUUCGUAGCCAUACAAUUGUGCAGUCAGCUCACUCUUGGUCCUCACCAUCUCCUUCUCUUUAACCAGUGAGCCAUGGUAUUUUCCAACCAUUCAUUGAAAAGUUGUUUGGGGGUUUCUUUUAAUAGUCACAGAUAGUCACUCAAACAAAAAUUAAAGCUGACCAGCAAGUAUGAUGUGUAAGUUAUUUAAAAUAAAAUUAUUCCUUUUAUAUCACAUUAUUAAACUUGUACUCUUUAUUCACUUUCCCUUGAGUUAAACCUUAUAUCAGCAUUGCUAGAUAUUUUUUUGUCUGUGAAAUAUGUAUGCCAAAACCUCUUCUUCAGUACAUUGGGGGUGAAGAUAAUGGUGGAGGUUGGUGGAGGAAUGAUCUUUAAACUGUAGAGGAAAGUUCUAUUCACUUCUUUUUUACCAUGUGGCCCAUCUUGAAACACUAGUUCGAUUUCUCUGGGUCCCUGUCAUCUGUGCAAUAUAAAACAUAAUUGUCUGUAAAGAAAAUGCAGUGCAGAGGAUAGUGUAUAGUCAAGAAGUGAGAAGUUGAAUAUUAGAAUAGUGUUUCCUUAGGGGCACCAGAGGAGCUCUGUGAAGUGUAGGCUUCCUAAGCAGACAGGGAAAAAUUUAUGUUUAGAGUAAUCAGAUAAAAAUACAGGCUGGAAAACCUCUUACUUGAGUUGGAUGGUAAGUAAUGAAAAGUCACAGAAAAUAUAGUUCAAAAAAUAGAUGUAGUUGAUGCUGAGCACAUUGGGUGCUGACCCAAGAGUUUGUCUUUUGUUCAAAGAUGAUGAUCUUAACUACAUUUUGAAAAAGUAUGAUUGGAAACUUCUUUGAAGUCAGUAUAUUUAAUCAGUAGAAUGCAGAAUGGUACAUAGUAACUUCAAUUAAAACAACUGGGAAGUAAGACAUUAAAAGUAAUAGAUAGUCAGAGGAGCAGGAGUAUGUCUUGCCACCCUACUUAUUUUCUACAGUAUGUUAUUUCCAUGGUUAUGGUUAAUGAGAAAAGAUACUGACAAAGUGAAAACACAUGACUAAGUCCCUUCUGAGAGAUUUGUGUGGAAUCUUUUCCUUGGUUAUUGGAAAUGUGAUUCUGUGAAUGAAAGUACCGCAAAUAGUGUAUAUUGUUAGCCAUUGUACUGUCAAGGAAACUGAAGUGGUUUUAUAACUUUUGUAAGAUUGUGUAAGACUGAUGAGUUCAGUUCUCCUACAAAGCUGACUAACUGCUGAGGUGUUUUUCACCAAUGUGCAAAUAUAACUCUGUUAAUUAGUGUACUCCAUCAAGAGAAAUUGAAAAUUACCCAUAUUACCCCCACAAGUUUGUGUUUACUCAUCUGUAAAGUGUGAUUAUAAAAGCUUCUUUUCACAUGAAAGUGUGUAAAGACCAAAUGAUCAUGCACUGGAAGAUAUUUUUUUAUAUUAUAUGAUGCAUUGUAAAAAUAAACCAUUUUUCCUAAA